AUGGUAUCAGUCCCACCAAACUACAGAUCACAGAGAACGGAGAGUUCAGAAACAGCUCGAACUGUUAGUGUGCACACUGUUCCACACACACGCACACACACACAUGCACACACACACACACACACGCACACACACACGCACACACACACGCACACACACACACACACACACACACACACGCACACACACACACAUGGAAUAUCAUCACCAUCGGACAGAACCAAGGAUGAGCACACACACACACACACACACACACAUCCCAGCAGAGCCAGGACUUCAUCCCCUAAAACACCCAGAUCACACCCCCCCACAACGCCAGAUCUGCUCCCCCACAACGUCAGGCCUGCACCCCAGAGACUCCAGACCUGCACCCCAACAACACCAGACCUGCACCCCAGAGACUCCAGACCUGCACCCCAACAACACCAGACCUGCACCCCAGAGACUCCAGGCCUGCACCCCAACAACACCAGACCUGCACCCCAACAACACCAGACCUGCACCCCAGAGACUCCAGACCUGCACCCCAGAGACUCCAGGCCUGCACCCCAACAACACCAGGCCUGCACCCCAGAGACUCCAGGCCUGCACCCCAACAACACCAGGCCUGCACCCCAACAACACCAGGCCUGCACCCCAGAGACUCCAGGCCUGCACCCCAACAACACCAGGCCUGCACCCCAACAACACCAGGCCUGCACCCCAGAGACUCGUGCUCCUCUGCUCCCCAAAUCUCUCCAUCUCUCUCCCCACUGGGGCUGGAACGUUAACGGGACGUUCUCUAGCAAACGCUGGAACGUUAACGGGACGUUCUCUAGCAAACGCUGGAACGUUAACGGGACGUUCUCUAGCAAACGCUGGAACGUUAACGGGACGUUCUCUAGCAAACGCCUCCAAGCGUCUCCGGUGGGACUUGCCCGGUCUUCCCCCCACGUCCAGCCCUCUCCUCCAUGUCUAGAGCGCAGUGUGCACCACCCUCUCCUCCAUGUCUAGAGCGCAGUGUGCACCACCCUCUCCUCCAUGUCUAGAGCGCAGAGUGCACCACCCUCUCCUCCAUGUUUAGAGAGCAGUGUGCUUGCUUGUUUGUUUGUUUGUUUGCUUGCUUGUUUGUUUGUUUACUCAAGCAUCCUGUGCACUAACUUGUUCUCUCAUCUUUUCAAAGUCCUUCCAGCUUUUGACCUUUUGGUUUGCAGCAUGUUGCGUAUAAAAUGUAUUGUUCUGAAAAACAGCUCAUGUUGCACUCGUUUUAAUUGCACUUCAUAUAUAACAUCGGCGGUUUUGUUUUGGUGCCUCCCUCCGCGUAGUUGACCCCCACAUCUGGCCUGGAUCUGGCCCAGGUGCCGCGUCCUGUCUGUCCGAGUGUCGCUCUUGUGUGGUGGCUUUGUUGCGCGUGAGUAGAGUUGCGCGUGAGUAGUAUGAUGCAUUAGGUCUUACCACACGCGCACGCGCGGGCCUCACUGCAUUCAGCUCACCAGGGCUUUAACAGCACAAGACGUUUGCUUCAUUAAGUAACAGUAACAAGAGAAACGUUCCCAAUGUUAUUUGUUGUUAUUUUCUUGUGCAUAAAUAUCAGUGUAUUUAGGGGGCCCAAGCCCACGUUGAGAUGUACAUAGAAUACUACACAUAUUUUGCUUUUGGGUUUGUUGAUUUUUUUUUUUAUUAUUAUAAUUACUAUUCAAACUUUUAAAAGAAAACAAUAUUUUGUACAGUGAGUGUAACCUGUGUUGAAUUCUGUUGUGUUCUUGUUAGCGGAGAGCCCACCGGACAGUAGCGAACUCUGACACAGAGGUCCAGUCAGAACCAGGACUCGGACGGCGUCAGAGAGUCUCUCUCUGUCCAGGCAAUAAGCUCCAGAGGGCUGUUCCAAUUACAUGGUUUAAUGACAACGCUGGUUAAGAUAACUCAAUAAUUACAUAAGUGGUAAACCUCCUAAUAUAAGAGGCCUACAGCUUUGUUUUUGUUAGGAGAGUGAUGCCGUGGGCUUCUAUUAGGAGGUUUACCACUAGCUGAGAGUAAAGGUUUGUCUGUAAGCCGUGUUCUUGGAUCCUCCUGGUGUGAUCUCUGGCGUGGGUUCUUUAGAUGCGUCCAGGUCUGCGCUACUCUGCGGCUUCCCCACUUCCGCCCCUGUACUCGUUCCCCAUUGGAGGCUGUAGUUACGGCGCUGUGCUGUAGCGCCACCAUGAGGCGUGGAGGGCAGAGCAUCUCCAUUUGAAACGUCAUUCACACAUACAGUAUCUGCAGUCACAUUGUUGAGUUUAGACCGUGUGUGUGUGUGUGAGAGUGUGUGUUGAGUUUAGACCGUGUGAAUGUGAGAGAGAGAGAGUGUGUGAACGGAGAGUUCAGAAACAGCUCUAACUGUUAGUGUGCGCACUGUUACACACACACGCACACACACACACACACACACACACACACACACACAGCACCAGAGAGAGAGAGAGAGAGAGAGUGUGUGUUGAGUUUAGAUCGUGUGUGUGUGUGUGUGUGUGAGAGAGAGAGAGAGAGAGAGAGAGAGUGAGCGAGAUUGUUUGCCCAUAGUUAAUAAUUGUCAUUAUUCAAUUGUCUAUUUUAAGCAUCUUUUCUUGCUUUUUUUUACAAUGCAUUUUUCCAACUUGGCAUUUGUACAGAAUUAUUUAUACUUUGCUUUUAAAUUGUGGAAAUUGGUUACAGUUAUUUAUUUAAUGUUCUGUUUCUGUUCUGUCCCAGUGUAAAAACAAAUGUGUUAUCUAAAAAGGUGUUGGCUGUACGAGGACAUAAGACUGAUGCCCCGCCACAGCAGCAAGCUUGCUUAAACUUGCUUACUUAAAGGGUCUUACACAAACACAUUAGAUCAGCUGUGUUGUGCCCCUGACCACUAACUGGUGUGGUUCAGUGGGUUCUGUUACCAUUUGUUAUGUUUUACAAACUUCAGGGGAUUUUCUCCAUGAGGAUGUUUUUAUUUGUUUGUACAUAAAUCCUAACUCUGCCAUAUGAAUCUCUUUGAAAGGCAAUAGUACCGCAUAUGCAUCCCACUUCACCGGUCGGAGCUGAGCGUGUCACGUGUCACUUCCUGCAUCCCACUUCACUAGUCGAAGCUGAGCGUGUCAGCGUGUCACUUCCUGCAUCCCACUUCACUAGUCGGAGCUAAGCGUGUCACGUGUCACCUCCCACGGCUCCCGCUCCGCAACCCUCCGUUCUGUGACAUGCAUGGAUGUGGAAGACCGUAAAUGCUUCUAACAUUGUGUACCAUCCCAUACGAAGCCUUUUUGUAUGUGUGUCUCCAAAGUAACAUUUGCAGGAUUGCUUUCUGUAAAUACAUCAGAACUUCAAAAACAAAAACAGUCUAAACACUAUAUGAAGAGUUGUUUGUGUUUAAGAAAAAAAAAUGUGUCUGUGCAAUUCAUGUACAAUUGCAGCUAGAACUAUUAAAGUUUUAUUUAGCUAUUUUAA